CCCGUCCCCCCGCCCCCCUUCUCCUCCCCGACGCUCUUCCCCGCGCCGCAGAGACCCCGCGCCGCGGGCGGCCCAUGGCUGGCGGCAGCGCUGCUGGCCCCGCGGGCGCGCACUGAGAAGGGCGCCCGGAGCUUCCCUCGCCGUCGGGGCGCGGCCGCACCAUGUCGGCCGUCGCCUACGUGGACUUCGUGGCGGCGCAGUGCCUGGUCUCCAUCUCCAACCGCUCCGCCGUGCCCGAGGCGGCGCGGCUGAAGGUGCCGGGCGAGGCGGAGCCGGCCCGGGAGCUGCGCGACCCCCGCGACGCCUGGAAGGACUACUGCGCCCUGCUGGCCAUCGCCAAGAGCCUCUUGGAGCUGAACAAGUACCGGCCGCUGCCCGCCCCCUCGGUCUGCAGCGACAGCGUGGAGAGCCCCGACGAGGACGCGGGUUCCGACAGCGACGCGGCCACCGAACCGGGCUCCAGCCCGCCCCGCAGCCCGCCGCCGGGGCCGCCUCCCCGCCUGCGCGCCGCCGGGGCCGCCCCCAAGGGGAAGCUGGCGGCCGAGAAGCGGCACAAGUGCCCCUACAGCGGUUGCGGCAAGGUGUACGGCAAGUCCUCCCACCUCAAGGCGCACUACCGGGUGCACACAGGUGAGCGUCCGUUCCCCUGCACAUGGCCCGACUGCCUUAAAAAGUUCUCCCGCUCUGACGAGCUCACCCGGCACUACCGAACCCACACUGGCGAGAAACAGUUCCGGUGCCCCCUCUGUGAGAAGCGGUUCAUGCGGAGUGACCACCUGACCAAGCACGCCCGCCGACACACCGAGUUUCACCCCAGCAUGAUCAAGCGAUCCAAAAGGUCCAUCUCCAGCAGCUCCUUGUGAGGGGGAGGCAAGCUGCGGCCAGGGUGCAGGCAGCGGCGCCGGGGCACAAGCAUCCGGUGCGCGCUUGCCAUUGGAAAGCACAUGUAGCUGAUGUUAAAAAUACAAAACAAAACAAACAAACAAAAAAAGUGCUUCAUUCUCCCUCUGCCUGUCCACCACCUCCCCACCGUGUUCUAGGAACAGCGGUCUGGAGCAAGUGGACUGCAGGGGGUAAAAGGAGAAAGGGGAUGGCCAGCAGAGGAGGCACCACCUCCUCCGCUGUAAAGCAUUUAUGCUGGUGUAAAUACGUCUGACUGGUUGGUCCAGCCUGUGCCACCACAGUAGUGUGACCCCAAGGUCUUUGUGAUUGCUGUGUCAUGAACAUGUUUUGUUGAAUAGUGUAAAGCUGCUUGUAUUUAGAAUUUGUUAAGUAAAACCACUUUCUGAGUCACAUAAGUAACUCUCAGAUUAAAACUCCAUAGCACACUGUAGAAGUGGGUUUACUUCUGUCUUGAACAAUCCUGCAUUUAAAGAGACUGUUAAGAAAAAUUUAACAUUAUGUCAUGAAUAGCAUCUGAUUGAUCUACAGGAAUAAGGUGAAUUUAUACUCAAGAAGGCCUAUUAAAGUAAAGGGUCUUUUUAAUUUUUCUUUUUGUUAACUAUACUUUUGAAUAUAAGCUGCACUUUUCCAAUAAAAACAUGCAUAAUGCAAGCAGAUACUUGAAGCAAAAAAACCCCACAACAGCUCAGUUGGUUUUUGACCAUAUGCGCAUUUAGCUCAGUUAUUCACUUACCUGGAAAAAUACAAGUCAGCCUAGAUAACGUGGCAGGGGUGUGGGAGCAGAAGCAUACAUCUUUCAAUCGAUCCUAUACUUUUGUCAAUAAAUAAAGUACUGUACUAUAGAAAUGCCACUAACAGUGCUUUAUUCUGCUGUGUUUCAUUUGAAAGGAUGCGUAGCAGCAGAUACCAGCUUUAUAAACUGCUGCUUUUUAAAAGGCUUUUUGUCUUCCUACACUUGCCUUAAAGAUUUAUUCUCUUCAUACCCUUGCCUGACUCCUGUGGUGUCCUAUGGGAGUCGUGUGUGCAUGUGGAGAGAGUAGACCUUUCCUUAAGAGCACUCUGUUAAUGGAAACAGUUGAAAUUAUUGUAAGGAGUACUUUGGGAGGGCUCCUGAAUCUUUUGAUCCCUGUUUAUAUCUAUAGAGUACUGGGAAGUACAACAUGGAAGGUGUGUUGUAAUAAUACUUGUGGUUUAGUAUUUUGCAUUGUAACCGUGUCGUGCAUGGCAUGUCAGAUAAAGGCAAUAUUAGUUUUACUUUAAAGCUAUUUUUUGCUCUCUGCGAGAUGCAAAAGGAUCACUGAAGGAAAACUAGCUGAGGUUUGUGGGGUUUUUAUGUUAAAAGCAUUAAUCAUAGGUAGCGGAAACUGAAGGCUAUCCAUAAUUUUUUCCCCCUUCCCAGCUCAUAUAGGGGAUAGAACUCUGCUUACACAGUUUUGUUUUUUUCCCAGAAACAUCCUCCUAUUUGUUUUUUUACCCCUUACUCCAGAAGAAGAAAGGGAGGUGCAGCCCUUCUGUAGAGACUUAGGGACAAAUUCAUCUUGUGAGUAAUCACACUGAAAUCCAAAGUAAGUGUUACCACUGCAGAUGAAUUUAGGUCAUCUUGUAAAAUUCUGUACAUAAAAAUCCUUGUUGGUGCACCUGCGAUUACCGUAUCUUAUUGUUUUACCUGAUAAAAAGCUUGCUUCCUAGAAAGAAACAUAACAAAAAUGAACUCAGAAAGUAGAGUGUUUUAUUCUACAGUUGUAUAAGGCUUUCAGCAUUAGAAAUCAGUUUGCUUAUCGUGUUUUUACCUGUGUAGUUCAUGAUAAAUUCCGUCUAUGUGAAGAGAACUGCUUUUAAGGCACUGGGGAUAUUGAGCAGUCUGUUGCAUAAAAAGGGAUGUGUUUUCUUCAGUGAAGACAUCAGGAAACCAAGCACACUUUCUACCUCUGUUUCAGCUUUUUGAAACAUUUGUUUUAGAAACCAAACUUUAAUUUCUGUGUCCAAAUUGAGUCAUAGGGACAUACGUUCUUCUUAAUAAAAUAGGUAGCCUUGGUAUUUCUAUUGGUCUGGAAACGCAGAAAGUGUUCUGCUUACCAGUACUGUUAAUGCUGCCUUGUUGAGUAGGGUCAGGGCCACGUGUAGCCCAGUGAGAUUCAAAGGUGCAUGCACACUCAUCUUCGUUCUUCUCUAUGAAGAGUUCUCAAAAUCUUGAGUCCGUCCUGCAGUCUGAAUUGUUACCUUUCUGCGGGACAAAUGCAGCACUUGGAAAACCAAGGCCUGAUCCUGUGAAAUAAAAGACACCCCCACAUUCUAUCAACCACUAUGGGAAACCACA